AUGUAUACAAUGCAGAGCUGGACUUGUAUUUGUCUUAUUAUUUGCAGUAUGCAGAGCGUGUGUCAUUGCUGUGACUGGAGCCGACACCACUACGGUCACUUGAGCGCAGAAUACCUUUCCCUGCUGGACCAGAUGGGAGGAGAUAUAACAAAGCAGAAUGCCCCAGUCUUUUUCCCAACAUCACUUUACAGACACAUAGAUGAUGCCGAGGUUGAGGACAAAGUCAGAUUCCGGAACGAGGCCAUCUAUAAAAUCACAAAACUGUUUGAUGGGAAUAUGAAGUCCGUCACCUGGAACAAGAAAAACCUGGACGAUUUCCUCAAAAUUCUAGAAAACCAAUUUGAGAACCUUAAUUCCUGCGUAAUAUUGUUUCAUUUUGUCCGACAUGUAUCACCUGCCAUGAAACCUGAGAGGAGACUGAAACGGUACUUCAAGAAGUUGAAUAGGAAGGUUCUGAGAAAAAUGGUGAGUUUGAUUUCAACUACAGUGCUCAUCAGGAAAGAGAUGAAACGUCAUCUGCAAAUAUUGGAUAUCCUUGUGGCACAAUUGUACUGACCAUCCAGACUCAUUUCAGAAGCUACACCCUUACCAGUUUAUAAAGCAUGAAUACAAUCAUGUGGGACCCUGUCAGUCUAUUUAUUAUAUUUAAAUAAUAAAUUAUCGUUUUUUAUUUUAAUAAUUUAUUAUUUAUAUUUUGUAUUUCCGGCGACAAAAGCCUGCCAUGGAAACAGGCGGAGGCAGAUGGAGAGAUCAGGAGUUACGGCAGAGACGGGAGCACGAGAGGCAACUCCCUCCCCCCCAAAAAUUGGGGAGGGACACAGGUUGGCGAGCGGAGUUGGUCACGGUUCCAGUGCCAUGUUUUACGCACCGUGCCUUCAGUGCACAGUCACAGCUCGGUGCGUGCAGUACAUGCUCUCCGUACCUGCCCCGUAAAGAGGGGUAUCCAGCCAGGAAGGGUGGUGCCGGCUCAGCGCUCCUGGUCUCCAGUGUGCCUCCUCGGGUCAGGAUAUCCUGCGCCUGCUCUGCGCAAGGUGUUUCCAGUGCAACUGCACAGCCCAGUGCAUCCUGUACCAGCACCUCGAACAUGCCGGGCUAAAGUGGCGAUUCAGCCAGGAGGGGUUGUGCUUGCUCUAAGCUCCAGACCUCAGUGUGCUUUCACAGCCCAAUGCGUCCUGUGCUGGUCCCCUGCACUUGCUGGAUUGAAGUGGGUAUCCAACCAGGAUGGGUUGUGCUUGCUCCACAAACCAGGCCUCCAGUGUGUCUCUCCAGCCCGGUGAGUCCUGUGCCUGCUCCACGGACCAGGCCUCCGGUGUGUCUCUCCAGCCCGGUGAGUCCUAGUGAGUCCUACUAAUGGUCAAUAGUGAAUUGUAAAUUGGAGUUGGGUUUCAGUUCAACAUCUGUUCGGAUUCUGUGGAAUGCCACUCCUGAACUCAGUGCCAUAUUGUCAUAGGUCUGUACAUUGAGUCGGGGGCAGGAUGUGGCCAUUGGCCACGUUGUACUGCAAGGACUUCUGAUUGGUCAGCCCCAGGCUGGGGAGGGGGGUUAUAAAAGGCAUCCUGUUCCUAUGUUCAGUGGGGAAAAGCUGAGGACAGGGGAGACUGAACAUCUACCUCCCAGCAUAACAUAUUGAUUUGUCGUCUCACAAUAAACCAAUU